CGCGCGCGCAGGGACCCAGGUACGCGGACAAGAUGGCGGCGGCAUUGGUCGACAGCGCGAUGGAGGUGGUGCCGGCGCUGGUGGAGGAGGCCGCGCCCGAGGCGGCGGGCCUCAGCUGCCUCGUCAACCUGCCGGGAGAGGUGCUAGAGUACAUCCUGUGUAGCGGCUCGCUGACGGCCGCCGACAUCGGCCGCGUCUCCAGCACCUGCCGGCGGCUGCGCGAGCUGUGCCAGGGUAGCGGGAAGGUGUGGAAGGAGCAGUUCCGGGUGAGGUGGCCUUCCCUUAUGAAACACUACAGCCCCACCGACUACGUCAAUUGGUUGGAGGAGUACAAAGUUCGGCAAAAAGCUGGGUUGGAAGCCCGGAAGAUUGUAGCCUCGUUCUCAAAGAGGUUCUUUUCAGAGCACGUCCCUUGUAACGGUUUCAGUGACAUUGAGAAUCUUGAGGGCCCAGAGAUAUUUUUUGAGGAUGAGCUGGUGUGUAUCCUAAAUAUGGAAGGAAGAAAAGCUUUGACCUGGAAAUACUACGCCAAAAAAAUUCUUUAUUACCUAAGACAACAGAAAAUUUUGAAUAAUCUCAAGGCUUUUCUUCAGCAGCCUGAUGACUAUGAAUCGUAUCUUGAAGGCGCAGUGUAUAUUGACCAGUACUGCAACCCUCUCUCUGACAUAAGUCUCAAGGACAUCCAGGCUCAGAUUGACAGCAUCGUGGAGCUUGUUUGCAAAACCCUCCGGGGCAUAAACAGUCGCCACCCCAGCUUGGCCUUCAAGGCAGGUGAAUCCUCCAUGAUCAUGGAAAUAGAGCUCCAGAGUCAGGUGCUGGAUGCCAUGAACCACGUCCUGUAUGACCAGCUGAAGUUCAAGGGGAACCGAAUGGAUUACUACAAUGCCCUGAACUUAUAUAUGCACCAGGUGUUAAUCCGCAGAACAGGAAUCCCCAUCAGCAUGUCUCUGCUCUACCUGACAAUUGCCCGGCAGUUGGGGGUCCCACUGGAGCCUGUCAACUUCCCCAGCCACUUCUUACUAAGGUGGUGCCAAGGUGCAGAAGGGGCGACCCUGGACAUCUUUGACUACAUCUACAUAGAUGCUUUUGGGAAAGGCAAGCAGCUGACAGUGAAAGAGUGUGAAUACCUGAUCGGCCAGCAUGUGACCGCGGCACUGUACGGGGUGGUGAAUGUGAAGAAGGUGUUGCAGCGAAUGGUGGGAAACCUGUUAAGUCUAGGAAAGCGGGAAGGCAUCGACCAGUCCUACCAGCUCCUAAGGGACUCUCUGGACCUGUACUUGGCGAUGUACCCCGACCAGGUGCAGCUGCUGCUCCUCCAAGCCAGGCUUUACUUCCACCUGGGUAUCUGGCCAGAGAAGUCUUUCUGUCUUGUCUUGAAGGUGCUUGACAUCCUCCAGCACAUCCAGACCCUAGACCCGGGGCAGCACGGGGCGGUGGGUUACCUAGUGCAGCACACGCUGGAGCACAUUGAGCGGAAGAAGGAGGAGGUGGGGGUGGAGGUCAAGCUUCGCUCCCACGAGAAGCACAGGGACGUCUGCUACUCCAUUGGGCUCAUUAUGAAGCACAAGAGGUACGGCUAUAACUGUGUCAUCUAUGGCUGGGACCCCACCUGUAUGAUGGGACACGAGUGGAUCCGAAACAUGAACGUCCACAGCCUGCCUCACGGCCACCAUCAGCCCUUUUACAACGUCCUGGUGGAGGACGGGUCCUGUCGAUACGCCGCCCAGGAGAACCUGGAGUAUAACGUGGAGCCGCAGGAGAUCUCCCACCCCGACGUUGGCCGCUACUUCUCAGAGUUCACGGGCACUCACUACAUCCCGAACGCAGAGCUGGAGGUCCGGUACCCGGAGGACCUGGAGGCUGUGUAUGAGACGGUGCAGAACAUUUACAGUGCGAAGAAAGAGAGCGUGGAGUAACGUCUCGGGGGACAUCGGACCUUUGCUGCUGCUGCUCUUUUCCAAGAUGACGGGGUUCCGGGUGGAGACGUGCCCCUGGAUCCCUCUGGACCCACCGCCGGGAAGGCCACUCGACCGGUCGUGCUGGUUGCCUCCUACCAAGUGGAAAUCACGUGUGCUCUCCGCCAGCUGCAAAGACAGUGUUGCUCUCCGCCUACACUAGUGAUUCAUUUGAAAGGCACUGUCUCAGUGGCAUGGCUUGUAUGCUUGUCCUGUGGUGAUCGUUUGUGACAUGCUGUCUUCAUGACGUCUCACCAUUGACACUUACAACCGUUCUUUUUCCUCACACCCCCCUCCCCACCCCGCAUCGCGUCUGUCUACAUCGUCUCAGAGCGUUUCGCUUGCUGGACAGGUGGAGUUGUCCGUUGGCAGUCGUUCCACUCUGAUCUCUCUGUGAACUGUGUGCACUCCUCAGUCAGGAUGGUCUGUCUUUUUACCCAGGGCUGAAGCUCUAAGUGAUCUUGGCCACAUAGUGGAUCUGGAGUCAUUAACAAACUAACAGUAGUCAGAAUCAUUCUAAUUUUUUUUUUCCAAUUUUUGAAACAGAUUUCCGGCAUUUUAUCUUUUUCUUUAUAUGAAUUGAGCACAUGACACAGUUUUGCUUUCCCAGAUUCAUCUCUUGGAUUUACCCUCAUUUCUCUUAAGAAUCAUUAGGUUUUUAAAUUUUAUUAGAUAAAAUUAUUUGAAAAAAUGCAUAGUAAUAAUCUUUGUGAAUGGGUUUCCCACUUUCAUCUACUAUUCCUCCCUUAAAAAUAAGUGGGUUUUUUUUUUAAUCUACUCCAGUUUCAUAAGUAGAUCUUAAAUCAGCAAUGAAUUCUCUUUGUGGUAGGAAAAUACUGCUGUUAAAAUGUCUGCUUUUUAGAAACUGUGCUCCAUGGUCUCCAAAGACCUGAAAUUGAGGUUUUACUUUUAUAACCAGAAACAAGAAGAAAUAAUGAAGCUUGGAAAUUAAAAAGGGAAGGGGAGGUCUCAUGCUCCCUGUUCUCCCUUAGAAUCAUUUCAAGACCUUUUUGAAUGUGGCAGGGUAGAAGUAAGUGAAAUAUCUCCGGUUUGAGAGCAUGAGCUCAGUGGGAAAGGAGACAGCGUGGCCAGCAUUCUCGAGUCACCGUUGCCAUGAGGGCAUCAGGAAGAAGUCUGUGCUCAGGCCCCCGGGAGUCCGGCUCCAUACCCAGAUGCUGCUGGCACCCAUCUUUUCCACGUUCACGGUGCCCAAGCAGGAAGGUUCCUUGUCCUAACGCAGCUCUGGACUCCCACCUUUCUCCACCCACCCCUUCUCCAGUGGGCCAGCCUUGUACUUAACCUGUAGUAGCUCACUUCUGAAGUUAGGACCUAGUUACUCUGCUCUCAAGUUGAAAAGAUUUCCAGUUGCUCUAGUGAAUAAAGCUCUGGGGGCCGUGAUCCAGCCACGCCUCGCCGCCCGCCUGUCCCUCUGCAUGCAGUAUUUCCACACUACGUUUGGUGACCGCCUCUCGUUUGCCCGUCGGAAAUGCCAGGAUGACUGAGGUUUGGAGAAGCCACCUGAGAUCGCUUCCCAGCUUGUGACAGUCCUGAGCGGGUACCAGAGAGGGAUGGGCAUUUGGCCGGCCAGCUCCUUCCCACCCCAGUUAGCUCUGGUGUGGGCCCGUGUUCCUCACGGUCCAAUCCAGAGUUAGAUGGUCUGGACGCGCAUUGGAAAUUGUGACCACUCACAGCACCCAGCCUGCCCAAGGUUGGGGGCGUCUUACACUACUCUCAUUUAAAGGUGAAAAUUAGAUACUAUGGCAUUAAUAUUAAUGAGAUGCAUUACUAAGAAUCUGUGGCGCAUGCUGAGAGUUAAAAUUGUUGGUUUUCUGGUUUGAUUUCCUUUUUUCUUAGAAUAACAUCAAAGCCAAGAAAGAUGGUUUUACCUUUAUUGACCCGAUGUAAAUAUGUAUCUAGACUGUUUCUAAAUGUGUUUCUUCAUGAAUGCUUCAUUUGGCUCCAGGAAGCCUGUGUCACCUGUGUAAGUUGGUCUUUGGGCACUUUAUAUUUUUCUAAAAACGUGUUUUGGAUCCUGUACUCUAAUAAAUCAUAAGUUUCUUUUUAAAAUUUUUCCAAAUGUUUUCUCCACUUAAAAAAAAAAAGCCCUGUUAUAAUAGUAGAACUUUCACAAUGUUGAAAUACUCACUCUUUGGAUAUAGUAACUUCUUUUCUCUUCCAAUGAAUGCCAAGAUUUUUUGUACAAUAAUUAAUAAAUGGGACUUAUCCAGAGAAACCACA